AUGCGUCCUCAAACACAACACACCACCCUCGCCAGUCUGGCAUCAACACUCCUCCUCCUCCCAUCCCUCACGCACGCGAUCAGCCUAGACUGCGCAAACAUCAUCGCCGACAAAAUCAAAUUUGACCUCAGCCCUCUCGGCGGCGUACACGAAAUCACCGAUUUCCAAGAAUUCGACGACUUCUCCACAAACACAACUUACGUGCUGAACAUUUGCAAUACCCUCAAGGGCGCUGCGACGAGGGAGGGUGUUAAAUGCGGGACAUCGCGGAACAUCUGCGGCUUCGAACAUAUACUCUACUCCGACGGACGGUCCGAUCCCUUGAAAGCCCUCCCCAUCGCCGGCUACGAGAACUCGCUUGGCGGCGGAUCCAAAGACGUCGAAAUCAAUCUCUUGAAAUCGCUCGACCCAGAAACGGAGGGGGUCCGGAUCAAGAUCUCGGGCGGCACAAUAACAGAACCGGAAUUGAAGAAGAAAUAUCCCGCGUCAGCUAUAAUUGAUUUUCAAUGUUAUCCUGAUCGAACGGGUUUGGAGGGGCUUAAGAAUGAUGAUGAUUUGGAUCAGGCUAUUGAGUCCAAAUCCCGUCGUGACGACGCUGACGACGAUGACGACAAGCCGAAAGACGGUGAUAAUGAAGGAGAUGAUAAACCUGAACCCAAAACAUCGAGUCUCACAUUCCAAAGUUUCGGUCUCGUCGACGACAAGGAAGGGUUUGUCUUGCGUCUAGACUGGAAAACGCAAUAUGCAUGUGAGGACUAUAAACGAGAGAAUCCCGGUUCUGGGGGUGGAAAUGGUAGUGGUGGUGGUCAUUGGGGAUUCUUUACGUGGUUGAUUAUAAUUCUCUUCCUCUGCACCGCAGCGUACCUCAUCUUCGGCUCCUGGCUCAACUACAACCGGUACGGCGCCCGAGGCUGGGACUUGCUCCCUCACGCCGACACGAUCCGAGACGUUCCCUAUCUUUUCAAUGAUUGGCUGCGUCGAGUGAUUAAUACAUUACAAGGCUCUGGGGGCUCGAGGGGGGGCUAUGCCGCUGUAUAA